AUGGGUUACAUCGUUGUGGGUAAUGAUCUGGAGUCGAAGAUGAUCGAAAUAAGAGACAUCAUGGUGGUGUGGCGUGGCACUAUGCUUCCUUCCAAAUGGUAUGAAGAGAUGCAACGAGAUCUUGAACCAUUAGGGUACAAGGAAGCAAAGGUGGAGCGAGGGUUUUCGAGAAUCUACAAAUCGAAGAGUAUAUCAACGCGAUACAACAAAACUAGUGCAUUAGAGCAAGUAAUUGAAGAGAUAAAGCGAUUAACGAAGUUCUACAAAUCAACGGGCGAAAAAGUGAGUGUCACGGUCACCGGCCACAGCUUGGACGACAUAUUAGCUUUACUGAACACGUACGCCGCCGCCAUGAGGUUUCCAACUCUUCUGAUAAAUUUCAUCUCCUUCGGUGCACCUAGAGUCGGAAACAUGGCAUUCAGGGAUGAACUUCACCAUAGAGGUGUCAAAGCACUAAAUUACAACCGAAUAAGAUCUAGUCCCUCGAAUGCCGGGUAUUGUCAUUAUCUACACGUAUAG